AUGUCACGAAACUACAGUGCUUCGCAAUAUGAGAAAACAUUUGUGCCAAAACGUUUACAAAUGUAUCAAAUACCAAAAGAUCCACAACCAGGCGUGCAUCCAAAAGCAUCGAUGUCAUUAAAUGCUAGUAGUUUUGUGGCUGAUAAUCGUGGUCGUCUUUUACCGGGUAUUGCAAGAUCAAAACGAUCACCAUUUGGUGAAUUCAUUGGAACUUGGGAUUUACCUAAAAGAAUUCCUGGACCAUAUCAUGUUCAUCCAAUGGGACGAACAGACAAAAAUUUUAAUGCACUUUGUUCACAACGUGAUCAAACAAUUCGAGAAAUGGAACAAGCACGUAUCUAUGCAAAAGAAGAAUCGUCUGCUCAUCGAACAUCAUAA